AAUUUAUUAGAACAUCAGAAGAAAAAAGCUUAUUUUGCAACAGUAGGUAUGCGAGCAUUUUUUCUUCAUCAGUUGUUGUGUUGUCGUCUGUCGAGUAUAGUGCGCGUGUAAAUAUAAAAAAAAAUAUAUACAACAAGAAAGGAUAGAUAAAUAUAUUCAUUUGCAUACGUUUUUGAAAACUAAAUUAAAUAAAUUUGUGUUAAACGACUGCGUGAGUGUGUAAUCAAAGAAGAUUUUUAUUAUUUUAUAUAAGCCAAUCAAGUGUAUCUCAAAAGGUUGCAUUUUGGUCAAUCAAUAAAAUAAUCUUGAAAGCAAUACAAAACGAACGAAAAAUUUUGUGGUUGAAAAAAAGUAUCCUAAGGAAUUUAAAAAACUGCAGCAAAUUAUCCUUUACAUCAAAACAAAAUCUAAUAAGGACAUCACCCGCCCCGCCAAAAAAAAAACAUGACUUCAAAUCUUCCAGCAUUUGACCAGCUAAAGCUAGGUCUAAAGAUGGUAGACUUCAAGGUACAACAACGCCGCUAUCGAACAAAUGAAAAAACAAUAGUUAACACAGUUUAUGGACCAGUUAAAGGCGUCAAACGGAAGUCUAUUUAUGGAGAAGCAUUUUUCAGUUUUGAAAAAAUUCCAUUUGCCAAACCACCUUUGGGAGAAUUACGAUACAAAGCUCCACAGCCACCAGAGCCAUGGACAGAGGUUAAAAGUUGUACGUCAAUGGGUCCCAAACCAUUACAGAGGCAUUUUGUGUUUCAAAUGACAGAAGGUUCAGAAGAUUGUUUAUACUUAAAUGUAUACACAAAAAAUCUUACACCAAAUAAACCAUUACCUGUAAUGGUUUGGAUUUAUGGAGGUGGUUUUCAAUUUGGAGAAGCGUCUCGUGAUCUUUACAGUCCUGAUUAUUUACUGAAGGAAGAUGUCGUUGUGAUUUCGAUAACAUAUCGUCUGGGACCAUUUGGUUUCUUGUGUAUGGAAGACCCUAGUUUUGGUGUUCCUGGCAAUGCCGGUCUCAAGGAUCAAGUAAUGGCUCUCAAAUGGGUUAAAGAAAAUUGUGCACGCUUCGGUGGUGACAGUGAUAAUAUAACACUUUUCGGUGAUAGCGCUGGUGGAGCAUCAGUUCAUUAUAUGAUGAUAACAGAUCGAACUAAAGGUCUAUUUCAUAAAGGAAUUUGUAUGUCAGGUAAUGCCCUUUCACCUUGGGCAGUGACACCACAGCGAAAUUGGCCCUACAGAUUGGCUGUGGAGGCUGGUUAUACGGGAGAAAACAACGAUCGUGAUGUAUUUCAGUUCCUAAUGACAGCUAAAGGAGCCGAUAUUGUUAAAGCUAACGAAGAUCUCUGUACGGAUUCGGAAAAAAGAGAAAGAAUUGGUUUCUCAUUUGGUCCGGUAAUUGAACCUUAUGUUACGGAAGAAUGUAUAGUGCCAAAGAAACCAAUUGAAAUGAUGCGAACAACAUGGAGUAAUAGCAUACCUAUGAUUAUAGGUGGUGUAACAAAUGAAGGAUUGCUACUUUAUUCCGAUACAAGACGGGAUCCAAAACUUUUAAAUGAACUUGGAAACUGUCAGUACGUGGUGCCAAUCGAACUAGAAAUGGACCGAGAUAGUGAAUUAUGUAAAGAAUAUGGAAUGCGGUUGAAACAAACUUACUAUGGCGACAAAAGUCCCAGUCUAGAGACUCUAAAUGAAUACCUUAAUAUGGUAUCACAUGAGUAUUUCUGGUUUCCAAUUUAUCGUUCAGUAUUGUCCCGACUAAAGUACGCUACGGCACCAACUUAUUUAUAUCGUUUCGAUUUUGAUUCCAAACAUUUUAAUCAUUUGCGAAUAAUUAGUUGUGGCAAAAAAGUGCGAGGCACAUGCCAUGGCGAUGAUUUAUCAUAUUUAUUUUAUAAUUCUGUAGCAAAAAAGCUUAAAAAUCAUACAAUUGAAUACAAGACUAUUGAAAGACUGGUUGGGUUAUGGACUCAUUUUGCUGCAGAUAGUAAUCCUAAUUUUGAUCCUACUGCCACCGAGCAGUGGGAACCUGUGAGUUUGAAAGAAAAAACUCUAAAGUGCCUUAAUAUAGCUGAUAGUUUGCAAGUUAUUGAUAUACCUGAAUUGCAUAAAUUGCAGGUUUGGGAGAGUUUCUUUAAGGAGAAUGAACUGCUUUGAGAAGGUGACCGCCAACGUCGUGAUAGUAUUAAAAAGAGUCUGGUUAUGCCAAGUGUACUCUCUUAUACUCUGUGAGAGAUGUUUAAUAUUUAUAUUUUAUACUAAAAAGAUUCACAGUCAAAUUGUUAAAACUGUUCUUUAUGCCAUCUAAAUUGAAGGAUUUAUAAAUUUGUAUUUAUUAAUCUAUUACAUUUUUAUUAUUUUCUUAUUUAACAACGAUAACUUUCA